AGUCAGAGAGGCAAAUAGUGAAGUGCAGAGGAGAGCAACAGGCAGUCAUCUCCUGAGAGUGCCUGAGAGCAAUGGUCAGUCCACUGACAACAACUCAACAUCCGGACAGUAAGGAAGAGGGAGGUUUUUCAUACUGCAGCCUGCCCUGGGGCCUCAGAAAUCAUCUGCCUUUCUUCACAGCAAUGCCUGCACCACAUACUGAACCAAGGACAAAGUUUCUUCACUGCAUGUAGUCUGAUUUGCACAUGAACACUGUAAGUCCUCUAUGCCUUUUCACCUUUAACCUUCUGGAUCAAGGGAUACAAUUUGAAGUUUCACUGUCCACUCUUUUCUGAAGUUGCUUGGAAGUUUCCAUGCAAGUCUUGUAAAUAUGCUGCCUGUGGUUUUCGUGACAUGGUGGGUUUGGGUGUUGCUUGGAAGCGUAGGGGGACAGUCCCAAUCUCAGCAUCAAUCUCAGACUGACGACUCAAACCCAUGGAGACAGAUGAUUCAAUGGGAGAACAAUGGACGUGUGUUCAGUCUUCUCAACAGUGGGGCUGAGUACGUCCCGGCUCGGGUUCAGGAGCGUGACAGGAACCACAGAGUGCUUUUAGCAGAUGCUCCCAACCGUCGAUCACAGGGUGGGAAUGUACGGAGGCAAGCACCCUCCAGAGGAAGCUCUGAGACUGUGAGAGGCCAAGCCAGACAUCCGUUUGGGUUUGGCCAGGUGCCGGACAACUGGCGUCAAGGUGCAGCUGGAACAGGUGAAACGAGUCGCUUCCAGUCAUCUACCGGCUCUCGCUUUAGACCAUCCUCCGGCUCAUCCUCCUCCUCCUCCUCAUCCUCUUCUUCUUAUCCACAGUAUCCGUUCCCUCAACAGCCUCCUUAUGACUCGGUUCUGGACAGGUCAUACGAACCUCCCUUCCGUGGAACAGGGUACUCCACUGGCACUGGUGGUGGCUAUGCAGGCGGAGGAUAUGGAGGAGGUGGGUACUCUACUGGAAGUUUUGGAGGAGGUAGCUAUAAUGGAGGGGAUCCUGCAACCGAAGACAGGUAUCGAUACUAUCCCCCUUACGGUCAACCAUACCAAGCUGUUCCUGCUCAGCCUGCACAGCCACCGGUCUCUGAUGGAUUGGACCACAGGUACAUGCACAGUCUGUACAACGGGGAAUCUCGAGAUGCUGCAGUACCUGUCUCUAGCAACACAGGCUCAUCGUUCCAGCCUGCGGUGCAAAGCCCCCAGUAUGAACAGUUUCCCCCCUUUGGAAGGCCCCAACCACAGCCUGCGUUUGUGCAACCACCUCCACGCAACCCUCUCAUCUCUAACAACGCAGAGAGCCCGAACAUGAAUGCAGGGAGUGUUUAUCGUCCCCAGCAAAGAGGUUUGCCUGACCUGGUUCCUGACCCGAAUUAUGUCCAAGCCUCCACAUACAUUCAAAGAGCCCAUAUGUACUCCUUACGCUGUGCUGCAGAGGAGAAGUGUUUGGCCGGCUCCGCCUAUAGUGCUGAAACCACAGAUUACAGUGUCAGGGUUCUUCUGCGCUUCCCUCAGAGAGUGAAGAACCAAGGGACGGCUGAUUUCAUGCCCAACCAACCUCGUCACACCUGGGAGUGGCACAGCUGUCACCAACAUUACCACAGUAUGGAUGAGUUCAGUCACUACGAUCUGUUAGAGGUCAGCAGCGGCCGGAAGGUGGCGGAGGGACACAAGGCCAGCUUCUGUCUGGAGGACACGACCUGCGACUUCGGCCAUCUCAAACGAUACGCCUGUACUUCACACACCCAGGGUCUCAGUCCAGGUUGCUAUGACACAUACAAUGCAGAUAUUGAUUGCCAAUGGAUUGACAUCACUGAUGUUCAGCCAGGAAACUAUAUACUCAAGCUCCAGGUUAACCCGAAGUACUUGGUGCAUGAGUCGGACUACACAAACAAUGUAGUCAGGUGCAAUAUCCACUACACAGGCCGCUUUGUCAAGACAACAAACUGCAAAAUCUCCCAGUCAUGAUCUGUCAGAUCCGGAUGAAUCUCCAUGGAAGCGCUGUUCCAUUGCAAUGUGAAUGGAAUUCCUGGUGCGUCUGUGAUUGUUUAUUGCAUUUGUCUCGUUCCCGUAUUUGUGCCGUUCUUGUGAAACUGGGAGGAACGAGCACACAUAAUCACAACAUCACGCAAAACCAAACACACACUGAGGAAUCCCAUACUUCACAGCACACCGCAGACCAACAUCUAUUUUCCUUCCAUCCACCCCAUUAACCCUGAUUUUUCAUAAAAACACACACUCGUUGCCCCCAAUUAAGUCUAAUUCCUUCACCAUUUUUAAGUGGGUUACAUCGCUGGAAUGCAAAGUGAGAUCAGGCAUGGCACUGUUGUACUGUAAUUCUGUCAUUCAGAUCAGGAAAAUCAGCAACUGGAAACAAUCCUCUUUUUUCCAAACCUCUCUCUUUGUCUGUGCCACUUUAGCGAAGGUGCAAUACUGAAGAAAGAGUCGUAUGAGAGAACGGCCUGCCUGUCAGUCAUCCUCCAGCUAACCUAUUAAGUAAAAAGUGGUUUUAGUUUGAAUGAGGGACCUGG